CAGAUAGAAGGAUCUAGAAAAGCAAGUCGUCGCUAUAUAACUAAGGGAUCCGUCACGGAAGGAUCUAGAAACCCUAGUAGUGAACCCUCUCUAUAAAACCUCUUCCUUCUUUCAUUCGGUGCCUAUUCCCAUUUUCUUCCUCUAAACCCUAAACAACUCUUUCUCUUCUUCCUUCGCUCGUUGUUCUCCCUCGCGUAGAUCGACAAUGGCGGAGACAGAGACGUUUGCUUUCCAGGCUGAGAUCAACCAGCUCCUCAGUCUCAUCAUCAACACCUUCUACUCCAACAAGGAGAUUUUCCUUCGUGAACUCAUCAGCAACGCCUCCGAUGCUUUGGACAAGAUUCGAUUUGAGAGUUUGACAGACAAGAGCAAGCUCGAUGCUCAGCCAGAGUUGUUCAUUCAUAUUAUACCAGACAAGACUAACAAUACACUGACCAUUGUUGACAGUGGUAUUGGCAUGACCAAAGCUGAUUUGGUGAACAACUUGGGUACAAUUGCUAGAUCUGGUACCAAGGAAUUCAUGGAAGCCUUGGCUGCUGGUGCUGAUGUUAGUAUGAUUGGACAGUUUGGUGUGGGGUUCUACUCUGCAUAUCUUGUUGCUGAGAAGGUCAUUGUUACAACCAAACACAAUGAUGAUGAACAGUAUGUUUGGGAGUCUCAAGCUGGAGGUUCUUUCACUGUCACCAGGGAUAACACUGGUGAGGUUCUUGGCAGGGGUACUAAGAUCACUCUCUACCUCAAGGAAGAUCAGCUUGAGUACCUUGAGGAGCGUCGCUUGAAGGAUCUGAUCAAGAAGCAUUCUGAGUUCAUUAGCUACCCAAUUUCUCUUUGGAUUGAGAAAACUACUGAGAAGGAGAUCUCUGAUGAUGAGGAUGAGGAAGAGAAGAAGGAUGAGGAGGGUAAGGUGGAGGAUGUUGAUGAAGAGAAGGAGAAGGAAGAAAAAAAGAAAAAGAAGAUUAAGGAAGUGUCACAUGAAUGGUCCUUGGUGAACAAGCAGAAGCCCAUUUGGAUGAGAAAGCCUGAGGAGAUCACAAAGGAGGAGUAUUCUGCUUUCUACAAGAGUCUCACCAAUGACUGGGAAGAGCAUUUGGCUGUCAAGCACUUCUCAGUUGAGGGACAGUUGGAGUUUAAGGCUAUCCUCUUUGUUCCCAAGAGGGCACCUUUUGACCUCUUUGACACAAGGAAGAAGCCUAACAAUAUUAAGCUUUAUGUCCGCCGUGUCUUUAUCAUGGACAACUGUGAGGAGUUGAUUCCUGAGUAUUUGGGCUUUGUCAAGGGUAUUGUGGAUUCCGAAGAUCUACCACUCAACAUUUCAAGAGAAAUGUUGCAACAGAACAAGAUCUUGAAGGUCAUCAGAAAGAACUUGGUUAAGAAGUGCCUUGAGCUCUUCUUUGAAAUUGCAGAGAACAAGGAGGAUUACAACAAGUUCUAUGAGGCUUUCUCCAAGAACUUGAAGCUAGGUAUCCAUGAGGAUUCACAGAACAAGGGAAAGAUUGCUGAAUUGCUCAGGUACCACUCCACCAAGAGUGGUGAUGAAAUGACAAGCCUCAAGGAUUAUGUGACCAGGAUGAAGGAAGGUCAGAGUGACAUCUACUACAUCACAGGUGAAAGCAAGAAGGCUGUUGAGAACUCUCCAUUCUUAGAGAAGUUGAAGAAGAAGGGAUACGAGGUUCUUUAUAUGGUUGAUGCCAUUGAUGAAUAUGCUGUUGGUCAGCUCAAGGAAUUUGAGGGCAAGAAGCUUGUCUCUGCCACCAAGGAAGGGCUCAAGCUUGACGAGAGUGAAGAUGAGAAGAAGAAGCAAGAAGAGUUGAAGGAGAAGUUUGACAACCUAUGCAAGGUGAUCAAGGAUGUUUUGGGUGACAAGGUUGAGAAGGUUGUGGUCUCUGACCGCGUUGUAGAUUCACCAUGCUGUCUUGUGACUGGCGAAUACGGUUGGACCGCAAACAUGGAAAGGAUAAUGAAGGCCCAAGCUCUAAGGGACAACAGCAUGGCAGGGUACAUGUCAAGCAAGAAGACCAUGGAGAUCAACCCUGAGAACCCAAUCAUGGAGGAGCUCAGGAAGCGUGCUGAUGCAGACAAGAAUGACAAAUCCGUGAAGGACCUUGUUCUGUUGCUGUUUGAGACUGCUCUUCUCACUUCUGGUUUCAGCCUUGACGAGCCCAACACUUUUGGAAACAGGAUCCACAGAAUGUUGAAGCUUGGACUGAGCAUUGACGAGGAUGCAGGUGAAGCUGAUGCUGAAAUGCCCCCACUGGAGGAGGCCGAGGCUGAUGCUGAGGGCAGCAAGAUGGAGGAGGUUGAUUAAAAUUAAAUAUGAUGCGUUUCUUGUUAGUAGCGUCUCUAAUGCCUUUUUUGUCUAUGUUUUUUUCUCCUUUUUUUAUUUUGGAUUGAUGACAGUGUUCAAUGGAUAUUUAGCUAAUUAGCUAUAAUUUCGCGGGUCUAUUUUUGAGUUGUUGGUUGUAGUAGCUUUUUUGGUAGUUGGAUUUAUGGCGUUUUGUGGAAUUCAUGAUAAUUUUCAA